AUGGACCCCAACAAUCCCACCGUAACCGUUGCCUCUCUUUCCUCGAUCGUUCACACCACCCUGUUAGCAUAUGACUGCGUCACCGAGGCACUAAUCACAGGGGACACGACCGUAGGCCUGAAGGCCCGCUUCCGGGUGGAGCUGCUGCGGUUACGCCUGUGGGGCCGAACCCGCGGGUUCGGUCUGCUGUCAUCCCCACCCUUGCCCUCAAGCAACAACAUAGUAUCCGCCAUCCCCGAAGUCCGGCGCCUGGCAUUCGACAUGCUUGGAAAGACGCUGCUGGUGCUGGACAGGCAUCUGCAGAUCCGCAAGAAACCUCCGCCCGUGCGUCAACAGACACUGUCGCGCUUCGAGAAUGGAUAUUUCGCAACCCCUUACGCUCGAGUCCUAGAAGCAAAGUGUGCGCUUGAUCAGAGGCUCGCUGAUCCGGUGCAGCGGGCAAAGGUUGUGAGGCAGAUCCGCAGGGUAAUGGACGAUAAGGCGCCCUUGCCAGGGCCUUGGGUCGAGCGCACAACGGUCCGUGAGUUUCUGACCGACCUGGUGACGUUGAAUACGGGGCUGGAGCGGCUAUUGCCGGCAGACGAAGCGGACUUCUUGGCGAGGGGUCUUGCGGGCGAGAUCCUUGCCUCGGAGCCUAGGUUGAUGGUAGCGGAUGAGAAUUCCUUCGGGGUGCGGAAUAGUCUGGCUGCUGGGAUGGUUCGGCUGCGCCAACUGACCGAAUUGAGGAUCUAUGAUCUAGGAGGGAGUGCAAAAGCGCCAACAUCCGCGGCACACGAGGUAGAAGAGGAUGAAGCCCAAGGCUUGGCAGCUCAUCCUCCGGCUAUGAAGGCACUGUCAACUUUCGAGAUCCCGGUGUCCUGUCUCCAAGGCUUCACGGAACCGCCCCUUCCGGACAUUGAAACACAUGACUCCACCUCGUCGCAGGGAAAGGUGUUAGAUGCUCCACCCGUGCGAUCUGUAUAUCUUUACACCCCUAGAGAUCCCCACGAGCAAGAGGGCUAUGUCCUCGUGGAAUGGCAUUCCCAGCUGGCUACGACUGGAUCCAGUCACCCUCCAACCUCAGACCAGUGCGUUGCACAGCGUCGACAACACUUGGUCGAGAUUCUCCGCGAAACCUCAGUUGUCGACAGCGAAUUCCGUGUCCUGGAAUGCAGAGGAUACACGCUUGCCACCGGCCGACUACCAAAUGGGGACUCCCAUCCGGUGUUAGGCUUCGUGUACCGGCUGCCUCUGCUUGCGACCGCACCGAUCACUCUGCAUGAUAUACUGGCCACCGCCUAUAACUCCCAGACGCCCGCAGUGCCGGACCUUGGCGACCGUGUCCGUCUAGCCCAGAGGCUGGCGCUGAGUUUGUACCAGCUGCACUGCGCCGGAUGGAUUCACGGAAGCCUCUCGAGCCAUAACAUCCUGUUCUUCUUUGAUACAGAGAGGGCAAGAUAUGACGUCACUGAGCCUUACAUCUGUGGCUGGCAGGAUGUCCAUCCUACGCAAGCUAUGGGCGAUGGGGGUGAAGUUCCGGACAGUUUCUUGCAAGAGACAAGUGCUAUUGGCCUGGGAGAUAUGGCAAUGUAUGCUCAUCCUGACUGUGUAGCCGACGGGGAAGCGAAGCGCGGGAACCAGAAGACCCACGACACUUACGGUCUGGGUGUGAUCCUGACAGAGAUUGCUUUCUGGGAACCAAUUGUCGCUUUGGCGCAUCCAGUUUACCGGGAAAUGUAUCUUCGCGCUGGUCCGCCCAUCAGUCUGACGGCGUGGAUGCCGAUCGGGGAUGUCUCGCUGGAGGCUGGCGGGGUGAUGUACUUGGAGAAGUCGACGGAUAUUGGGCGGAGGACGGAGGCCGAGUUCGGUCGCAAUGCGGGGAAUUGA